AUGUUUGCUGAUGAUAUAAAACUAUUUAUGCGUAUUCAAAAUACUAAUGAUACCCUUUUUAUCCAAUCCGACCUUGACCGAAUGGUUAAUUUGGGUGAAUCCCUAGGAUUGACACUUAAUAUUUAUAAAUGUAUUAAGAUUAUGUCUUAUUUUCAUAUCGACAAUCCAAUUACUAUCGUUUACACCAUCCAUGAUAUUCCAAUCACUUGUUCUAAUUUUGUUCGAGACCUAGGGUUUAAUUAUUCUCCAAACUUGUCAGCAAAUUGCAUAUUCUAG